ACAGAGUCUCGCUCUGUUGCCCAGGCUGGAGUGCAGUGGCGCGAUCUCGGCUCACUGCAAGCUCCGCCUCCCGGGUUCACGCCAUUCUCCUGCCUCAGCCUCUCGAGUAGCUGGAACUACAGGCGCCCGCCGCCCCCCCGCCCCCCGGCUAAUUUUUUGUAUUUUUAGUAGAGACGGGGUUUCACCCUGUUAGCCAGGAUGGUCUCGAUCUUCUGACCUCGUGAUCUGCCUGCCUCGGCCUCCCAAAGUGCUGGGAUUACAAGCGUGAGCCACCGCGCCUGGCCUGUAAACUGUUUUAACACAGUAGUUAGAUGGUCCAUAAAUGGUACCAUUAUUAUUUUUAUGAUUGCUGCUCCACCUUUGAGCACAUUCAUACAAUUCACUCAAGUCGUUAUUAGAGCACUAGAUUGAGUGGGACUCAGACCUGGAUUCCCACAAACUUCUUUGUAUGACCUCGGGCGCAUCCCUUCCCUGGGCCUCCGUUUCUCCAUCUGUAAAAUAUGGAUUUGUUGUCGGGGUGGGGAGGGUGCACCACGCACAGGUUAGACUAAUGGAUCUCUAAGGUCCUCACAUCUUUAAAGCCCCAAGGGGGUAAGCCACAGUGCCUCCUGUAGGGUAGUCUAAGCUUAUCUUCCAGAUAGGCAGGUUUGAAUACCGAUCCUUCUUCUUGACCUUAAGGAAUUCAUUCACCUUUUUCAACCUCAUUUCCCUGUUUGUAAAACAACAUCAAACGAGACAAACACACGUUACUUCCUUUCUAGCAGGGUUCCCACCCGGCGCCAAGCAAAAGUGGAAUGUACCCUAAGUAGCUCUGGCCUUCCUCCUGCUCCCAAGCUUCCCAAUUCCGUCCCCUGCCACGCUGCCGCCCGCGGCUCUCCUUCCCCUUCUAGGAACGGCUCAAGCGCCUUGGGCACGCCAUCGGGUUCUGCACCGAGUUCUGCAUCAUAAAUACGACCCUCGUGUAGGAUUUAAGUGUGAACUUCUGCAGGUUCUCGGACCCUGAAGCACCCGGGGCCAGACAUUCCGAGCUCGCGGCGGUAGAGGGGACGCAGAAGGGCGAACCGAGACGACUCGAGGACGCUGAGGCAGCGCAGGCCCCACCCGGCCCCACCCGGCCCCACCCGGCCCCGGCCGGCUUUCCGGCGAUAGUCCUCCGGUGCCGGCUCCCAGCCUCUCUCGCACCCUUCAAAUCGCGCUCCGCGGCUAGACUCUCGUGAUAGCUGAGACUUGCCCCGGAAGGCCCGCCCCCUGCGCCGGAGAGGCCAAUGGGCGAGGGCAACGGUUGCGACGGUUGGGUUUUGAAGGAGCCAAUAGGCGCUCGGAGCGGAGAGUUUAAGAGGCGUAAGCCAGGCGUGUUAAAGCCGGUCGGAACUGCUCCGGAGGGCACGGUGUGAGGCGGCGGAGCUGAGCCGAGGUGGGGCCGAGCCGGGGGCUCCGUAGGCACCAACUGCAAGGACCCCUCCCCCUGCGGGCGCUCCCAUGGCACAGUUCGCGUUCGAGAGUGACCUGCACUCGCUGCUUCAGCUGGAUGCACCCAUCCCCAAUGCACCCCCUGCGCGCUGGCAGCGCAAAGCCAAGGAAGCCGCAGGGCCGGCCCCCUCACCCAUGCGGGCUGCCAACCGAUCCCACAGCGCCGGCAGGACUCCGGGCCGAACUCCUGGCAAAUCCAGUUCCAAGGUUCAGACCACUCCUAGCAAACCUGGCGGUGACCGCUAUAUCCCCCUUCGCAGUGCUGCCCAGAUGGAGGUGGCCAGCUUCCUCCUGAGCAAGGAGAACCAGCCUGAAAACAGCCAGACGCCCACCAAGAAGGAACAUCAGAAAGCCUGGGCUUUGAACCUGAACGGUUUUGAUGUAGAGGAAGCCAAGAUCCUUCGGCUCAGUGGAAAACCACAAAAUGCGCCAGAGGGUUACCAGAACAGACUGAAAGUACUCUACAGCCAAAAGGCCACUCCUGGCUCCAGUCGGAAGACCUGCCGUUACAUUCCUUCCCUGCCAGACCGUAUCCUGGAUGCGCCUGAAAUCCGAAAUGACUAUUACCUGAACCUUGUGGAUUGGAGCUCUGGGAAUGUACUGGCCGUGGCACUGGACAACAGUGUUUACCUGUGGAGCGCAAGCUCUGGUGACAUCCUGCAGCUUUUGCAAAUGGAGCAGCCUGGGGAAUAUGUAUCCUCUGUGGCCUGGAUCAAAGAGGGCAACUACUUGGCUGUGGGCACCAGCAGUGCUGAGGUGCAGCUAUGGGAUGUGCAGCAGCAGAAACGGCUUCGAAAUAUGACCAGUCACUCUGCCCGAGUGGGCUCCCUAAGCUGGAACAGCUAUAUCCUGUCCAGUGGUUCACGUUCUGGCCACAUCCACCACCAUGAUGUUCGGGUAGCAGAACACCAUGUGGCCACACUGAGUGGCCACAGCCAGGAAGUGUGUGGGCUGCGCUGGGCCCCAGAUGGACGACAUUUGGCCAGUGGUGGCAAUGAUAACUUGGUCAAUGUGUGGCCUAGUGCUCCUGGAGAGGGUGGCUGGGCUCCUCUGCAGACAUUCACCCAGCAUCAAGGGGCUGUCAAGGCCGUAGCAUGGUGUCCCUGGCAGUCCAAUGUACUGGCAACAGGAGGGGGCACCAGUGAUCGACACAUUCGCAUCUGGAACGUGUGCUCUGGGGCCUGUCUGAGUGCCGUGGAUGCCCAUUCCCAGGUGUGCUCCAUCCUCUGGUCUCCCCACUACAAGGAGCUCAUCUCAGGCCAUGGCUUUGCACAGAACCAGCUAGUUAUUUGGAAGUACCCAACCAUGGCCAAGGUGGCUGAACUCAAAGGUCACACAUCCCGGGUCCUGAGUCUGACCAUGAGCCCAGAUGGGGCCACAGUGGCAUCCGCAGCAGCAGAUGAGACCCUGAGGCUAUGGCGCUGUUUUGAGUUGGACCCUGCGAGGCGGCGGGAGCGGGAGAAGGCCAGUGCAGCCAAAAGCAGCCUCAUCCACCAAGGCAUCCGCUGAAGACCAACCCAUCACCUCAGUUGUUUUUUAUUUUUCUAAUAAAGUCAUGUCUCCCUUCA